AUGCAGCCAGCACUCUCAGCCUUCUUCAUGCUGCUCUUUGUCCUGCUGUGUCUCCUGGGAAUCCUGGCCAACGGCUUCAUUGUGCUGGUGCUGAGCAGAGAAAGGAUGCGGCGUGGGAGGCUGCUUCCCUCCGACAUGAUCCUCAUUAGCUUGGGUGCCUCCCGCUUCUGCCUGCAGUGGGUUGGAAUGGUGAACAACUUCUACUACUUCCUCCACCUGAACGAGUACAGCCAAGGUCCUGCCCGGCAACUCACUGGUCUCCACUGGGACUUCCUGAACUCGGCCCCCUUCUGGCUUGGCUCUUGGCUCAGUGUCCCCUUCUGCAUGAAGAUUGCCAACUUCACCCACCCCACCUUCCUCUGGCUGAAGUGGAGGUUCCCAGGGUCAGUGCCCUGGCUCCUCAUGGCUUCUCUCCUGAUCUCUUUCAUCGUCACCCUGCUCUUCUUUUGGGGAAACCAUGCUGUGUAUCAAGGAUUCUUAAUUAGAAAAUUUCCUGGGAACAUGACCUUCAAGCAGUGGAGCCGGAGGCUGGAAAUUCACUCUUCCUUGCCCCUGAAACUUAUCAUGUCAGUUCCCUGCUCUGUCUUUCUGGUCUCAAUUGCACUGUUGAUUAAUUCUCUGAGGCGACACACAGGGAGGAUGCAGCGCAGCACCCACAGCCCGCAGGACCACAGCGGCCAGGCUCAUACCAGAGCUCUGAAGUCACUCAUCUCCUUCCUCAUUCUUCAUGCUCUGUCCUUUGCAUCCCUGGUCAUUGAUGCUGCGGGUUUCUUCUCCUCAGAGAGUGACUGGUACUGGCCAUGGCAGAUUUUAAUCUACCUGUGCACAUCUGUCCAUCCCUACAUCCUCAUCCUCAGCAACCUCCGGCUUCGAGGGGUGUGCAGUCAGCUACUUCUGUUGGCCAGGGACUUCUGGCUGGCCUCGGUGGCAUGGUCCCACCCAGAACCCUGA